AUGGCUUCCAGGGUUGGUCAUAGACCUGAAGGUACAGAUGGUGCAGAUUUUCGCCAUAGAGAACGUGUUUGCGCUCAGUACAGCCAGAGCCCAUUACUAAAACGUCGCCUCAAAUUUGUUUACUUACUUCACCUGAUGUUAUGGGUACUCAUGUUCGCUCGCCUGUUGCCGGAACUAUGUUUAAGGCUUGGGUUUCGAGCAAGGCUUAUGGUUGAAAAGUGGCCGUUUCCUCAAGGCGAAUUGUGGGAGUACGUUUGGUUUUUCGGCAGCAUCUUUCCUACUCUGUUUGGCUAUAUUUCGUUACAACGAAGCCGAGCUGGGCUAAUGCGAGUGUCCCUAACUGGAACUGUUGUUUUCGGUCUUGGCACAGUGGCUAUAGGAUGUUUCACGAAUGCAUUUGAUCUGAUGACCUAUUACCAAAGUCGUGUCUCUAAACACUAUUUCUAUGAGUUCCCCGUCAUUGUUUUGGUUUACAUAUUUUUCUCUCUAUGUGUUCAGGUGCAUGGCUUCUCUGUAUACUUCGGUUACAAACUGUACCUCAUUUGGUCUGUGAAGGUGCGGAAAGUGCGGUGA